GUGAAACCUCAUUAAGACAUCCUAUCUUCCAUCAUUCAAUUUGUUGUACAUUGCAACAAUUUAAUAUCUUGAAGGAAAUAUCACUGACAUGAUUUAUCCCUCUAGCAAUCUCUCUCUGAAAUGUGGGGAGGGGGGCGUUUCCUCUCUCUUCUGGCCUGUUCUGUGUGUUACACACUGCUACCCUUAGGGCAGAAAUGAGGCUGGAAGUUCUGAGAGCAGCUAUUUGUGUGUAGGGGUGCAUUGACUUGUUCCUUAGCUCAGCUCCCUGGGUCUUCCCCUCACCUAGUUCUCUCCCUCUCCCUCCUGCCCUCCAGGGGGCCUGGAGCCCCAGCCAGCUGUUGGAAACCUCUGUCCAGGCAUGCCAUGAAUUCAAGGACAGCUGGAUUCUAGAGUGAAAAGCAUUACAUGCUAGUGUCUGAAUUUGUGUACCUGCUAUGUCACCCCCAAAUGAGAAAAUUCAUCUCAAAAUUUUUCUUAAUGUAAGAACCUUCCUCUACCCUUUCACCUUCACCUCCUUGGGGAGAAGUAUGGUCCAAGAGGGGAAACCUUUAUAAUUAUAGGGGUCUUUUCCCUACCUUUCUAAAUACCAACAAAUUUCCCUCCUUUUUGAAGAAUUGGGGCUGUAUUUUAAAGAGCCAACACAAAUUGUCUGACAGGAAGACUCUGCAACUCCAUAACGAGGUUCAUGUAUUAACUAACAUGUUGUCUCCACCAGCUACUACACACUGUCUGCUUUUGGGUUCGAAACUUUAUUUUUCCCCCCUAGCGACACUCCAGGGAAACCUAAACGUUACAGAAGAUGAAUAAACGAGUUUUUUCCCAGCGUAGUCCCGUUUAUGGCUUUAUUGCUACCCAUUGAUUACUCCGCUUUGUUACACAGAAGGAAAAGAUCAUAAAAUCCGGCGACAUCCGGGUUCUUGUUAUAGCCAGUUCCCCACCACCACCACCACCACCAAAAUAGUGAGGGGAAAAUAAAAGCUUCCACUGCUCCCUUCACUUGUCCCACCAUCCCCUCUUUGUCAACUCAAAACAUGUUCAGCCUAUGUCACGAUAUCAAAUUAACUUUGGAUUAAUCAGGAGAAAAAAACCCAUCUGUACACCUUCCGCUGUUUCAGCUAGCCCACUGCGGCUUCCUCAGAAGCCUCGAACUCAGCUGCCUUUUUCUAACCUCUUGCUUUUCAACAGCCCCAAAGUGGAAAGAAAAUGGGGGUAGGGGUUCCUGAGAGGCCCAGGGCCACCAGGUAUGGCUGGCCCUUGGGUGACAGCUCCCCAGGAACCCUUUGCUGGAAUCCCAAGCCCCAGAGCUCAGGUCCAGGGGCGCCUCCCUUGGCAGGACAGAGAGUCUGUAAGGGGCAGGGAGCUUCUGACCUGUGCAGGGGCUUGAGCCUGCAAGAUGCUAACUGUCCAUCAGAGCCCCACCAGCCUUUCUUUCUGGCUGGAUCCUAUGUGAAUUACCCCACCAGCCCUCGCUGGCUCCAAAUCAUAAAUUCUCACCAACAUAAACAGGAGUUGAUGUGUCUAGAAAGAUUCUCAGAGUUCUUUCUUCUUCCUUUCUUUCUCUCCCACCUUUUACUUCUUUCUCUCCUUUUCUUUUUGUUGUUGUAUUUUUAUACAUUUUCCCUUUUAGGCAAAAAUGCUGUGAGAGUUUUCCCAAAAUAGGGGUCCUGAGGAGGAGGUACAGGGGGGCUAGGAGGAAGAGGAAAGCAGAUGCACAGCCCCUUUGCCAAUUCAGCUCUGUCACUGUACCCUGAAGUCCCACCCUUACCCCUUCAGACCUGGUUGCUCCCUACAUCCCUGCCCCCCCAAACCCUCUCAGCCAUACUGUCCUUUCUCUGAGCACCAUGUUUUAUGCCAUUUCUUUCUACUGUUGAUUUUUUUUAAUUAUUGGGAAAAAUGUACUGGUUUAGUGAUGAGGACUGACUCUAAGGAGUGUCAAACCAGGAUUUCCUGUAGGAUUUCUGGGGAUCCCCCAGAACUGGGAGGGAGCUCCUCCUAUGGAGAAAUCAGGAUGUAAUUUUAGAAGGGGGCAUAUAUAAAAGAUGAAAUCAGAUUGAAAACAGGGAUUUCUCCAGCCCUGGCUCUGGCCACAGCACAGCAAAGUUGGCUGGGGCUGAGAGAUUUCCUGGGAGUGCAGCUCUCCUUUCCCGGGCCCCAAGGCCCUGCUCGUGGACAUUUACCCUUCCUUCACCUCCAAAUCAGUUCCCUUACGUAUAUAUUUUUAAAAGAAAUCCAAGUCUUACUUUCAAACCACACACUUAGUCUCAACUAGGGAAUCAACAGAAGCAGAAGCGAUUUUUUUCCCCCUUCUUGACAUCUGGCUUGCGAUUGGCUGGAAGGGGGUCAGCUGACUUUGUCAUUUUGUCUGUCCUGGAUUGGAGCCGUCCCUAUAACCAUCUAGUUCCGAGUACAAACUGGAGACAGAAAUAAAUAUUAAAGAAAUCAUAGUCCGACCAGGUAAAGGCAAAGGGAUGAAUUCCUACUUCACUAACCCUUCCUUAUCCUGCCACCUCGCCGGGGGCCAGGACGUCCUCCCCAACGUCGCCCUCAAUUCCACCGCCUAUGAUCCAGUGAGGCAUUUCUCGACCUAUGGAGCGGCCGUUGCCCAGAACCGGAUCUACUCGACUCCCUUUUAUUCGCCACAGGAGAAUGUCGUGUUCAGUUCCAGCCGGGGGCCGUAUGACUAUGGAUCUAAUUCCUUUUACCAGGAGAAAGACAUGCUCUCAAACUGCAGACAAAACACCUUAGGACAUAACACACAGACCUCAAUCGCUCAGGAUUUUAGUUCUGAGCAGGGCAGGACUGCGCCCCAGGACCAGAAAGCCAGUAUCCAGAUUUACCCCUGGAUGCAGCGAAUGAAUUCGCACAGUGGGGUCGGCUAUGGUGCGGACCGGAGGCGCGGUCGCCAGAUCUACUCGCGGUACCAGACCCUGGAACUGGAGAAGGAAUUUCACUUCAAUCGCUACCUAACACGGCGCCGGCGCAUCGAGAUCGCCAACGCGCUCUGCCUGACGGAGCGACAGAUCAAAAUCUGGUUCCAAAACCGCAGGAUGAAAUGGAAAAAAGAAUCUAAUCUCACGUCCACGCUCUCAGGGGGCGGCGGAGGGGCCGCGGCCGACAGCCUGGGCGGAAAAGAGGAAAAGCGGGAAGAGACAGAAGAGGAGAAACAGAAAGAGUGACCAGGACUGUCCCUGCCACCCUUCUGUCUCCUUCGCUCUUGCUCCCCCAGCUCCCUCCUAAUUACACACUCUGUAUUUAUCACUGGCACAAUUGAUGUGUUUUGACUCCUUAAAACAAAAUUAGGGAGUCAAAUAUGGACCUGAAAGUCAACUAUGGACCCCCUCCCCACCGCACAAACUCUUUCACCACGCGCCUCCUCCUCCUUGCUCCCUCGCUAGCUAGUUCUCGGCUUGUCUGCAGGCUCCUUCCCCCGCCCAGGCCUUGGGGGCUCGGCCCCUGAACCUCGCUUCAGACUCCACAGAUCUCCCUCCAAAUGAGGACUUGGCCUCCUACCUUCUUGGCGUCCCCCACCCCGCCCCCGCGCAGACGGCCGGCUCCCGGGUCAGGGCCUCGGCUCGGGGCCUCAGGACCGGCCUGGCAGCCGGGGCGGGCGGGAGGCCGACGGAGGGCGCGUGGUGGCCCCACAGCAACCCCCAGGGCUUCCCCGCAGUCCCUGCCCGGCCCCUCUGCCCCAGCAAAUGCCCAGCCCAGGAGAGUUGUAUUUAAAGAAUCCUGGGGGUCAUUAUGGCAUAUUACAAACUGUGACCGUUUCUGUGUGAAUAUUUUUAGCUGUAUUUGUGGUCUCUGUAUUUAUAUUUAUGUUUAGCACCGUCCGUGUUCCAGUGCCAUCUUAAAAAAAAAAAUGAGGGAAAAUUACAAAAAGAGAGAAAAAAAGUGAAUGACGUUUGUUUAUAGACAGUAGGAGAAAACAUUUUAAAAAUCCCCUCGUGUUACCCUUCUGUAUAAAUCCAACCUCUGGAUCCGUUCUCGAAUAUUUAAUAAAACUGAUAUUAUUUUUAAAGUUUA